AUGGCCGAAUCCAAACCAGUAGCCCUCGUCGUCGGCGCCUCCAGAGGCAUCGGCCGCCAGAUCGCCAUCGAUCUCGCGAGGAACGGCUACGCAGUCGUCGUGGCUGCAAAGACCACCAGCGAUGCCUCCAAAACCACGCCGUUCCCGCCGGACCCCAACUCGCAACAGUCAACCGUCAGCACCGUCGCCCGCGAGAUCCGCGAGGCGGGCGGCGACGCGACCCCCGUUGCCGUGGAUGUCCGCCACCAGGACAGCGUGGAGCGGCUGAUCCAGCAGACAAUAGAGGCAUACGCCCGCCUCGACGUCCUCGUCUAUAACUCGGGCGCCAUCUGGUGGGCCUCGGUCGAAGACACGCCCCCGAAACGCUUCCAGCUCAUGCAGCGCGUCAACCCCGAGGGUCUCUACCUGACCCUUCACGCCGCCCUCCCGCACCUCCGCCGUCGCGGUCGCGGCCGCGUCGUGGUCGUUAGCCCCCCCAUCUACAGCCGCUUCUUCCGCGGUAAGACUGCCUACGCCAUGGGCAAGGUUGCCAUGAGCGUCCUCACAAAGGGCCUGGCCAUGGACUUUGCUCGCCAGGGCCUGGACGACAUGGCCAUCACCAGCAUCUGGCCCGCCGUGGCCAUCGAAUCCGCAGCCACGCAAAAGUUCCAGGCCGCCGAUCCGCGCGAGUCGCGGGACCUGCGUCGGCCGACAAUCUUCUCCGAUGCCGUGCUCGCCAUCCUGCGCGCCCCGGCCGCCGCCGUCAACGGCGAGCUCCUGCUCGACGAGGACUUCCUGCGGGACCACGCCGGCGUCGUCGAUUUCUCAAAGUACGCCCUCGUCCCCGGCGCUCAACCGCGCCGCAUCAUGCCGGCGGCGUUGCCGGACCUGACGGUAGCGGAGCAGGACGACGAGGGCAAGAGGUAUGACAGUGCCAAGGCCAAGUUGUGA